AUGUCAUUUUUUGGAUUUGAUCCUACCCAGCAGCCUCCAGGCUCGUUACAAGAUGAUAAAGUAUAUGAUUUUGAAGAAACAUACGAUGGAUUAGGAGAAUUGGAAGAAGAAGACGCUUUCAAUGAUGAAACUUUUGGAACUAGUACAAAGGAUAUUAGAAAAGAUUUUGAAUUUGGUUCAACUACAACCAAUGAGAAUGAUAAUAAACCCAAAUAUCAACCUGCUUCUGCUCCAGCAUUAGCUCAAAGUUAUGCACAAGCCGCACAAUCUAAUCCAGUUAAUGAUGAUGAAUUCAUGGAAGAAUUAUGGGGUUCAUCCAAUGCACCAAGCAAAUCGAUUCAUGAGAAACAAAAACAAUCAAACCAACAAGUAUCAACGGAGCAACAACAAGAAAGAAAGAUUUUAUCCUUGGAAGAAAUUGAAGCUCAGUUGAUGGCGAUUGAUAAUUCUCAACAACCGCAUCCUCAACAAUUCCCACAACCUGGUCUGUUUCCGCCUCAACCUUUUGGUCUUCCUGGAAUGAUGCCUCAACCUCCUUUCAAUGGUUAUAUGAUGGGAAAUUACAUGCAGCCUCAAUAUGGAUUUGCUCCUCCACCUCAACAAUUUCCGCCAAUGCAAGGUUUACCACCUCAAUUGCAACAACAAUUUCAGAAACCUUCCCCCACAACGCAGCAACAGCCGACUCAACAACACCAACCGCAACAAGAGGCUCAACAAUUCCUGAAACAAAGUCAACAGCAACAACAACAACAUCAAGCUCAGCAACAACAACCAGUAUCAGCACCGCAAGAUCAAUCAAUAACUGAUGGUAAAAAGGCUUUAUCAACACACCAUCAAAAGCCACAAAAGGUUGACUUAUCACAGUUCCCUGUUUUAGGGAAAGGGGCAUUACAGCAACCGCAUCAUGUUCAUCAACAACAAGCACAAUUACAAUCACAACAACAGCAAAAACACCAACAACAACACCCACAAGAAAAUAAUCAACAACAGCAACAUCAUCAUAAUCGUCAACAACUGCAAGACCUUACUCCAGAACAACAGGAGAAAGCUGCAAGAAGACAAGAAAAAGUUUCAAGAAUUAUGAAAUAUUCAGGUAUAAUGAAUCCAAAAGAUAAAGAUUUUGUAACAAGAUUUCAAUUAUCACAAAUUGUUACUGAAGAUCCAUACAAUGAAGAUUUUUAUGCACAAGUUUAUAAAGUAAUUCAUCCAAAAACAAUUAAUGGAAUUCAACAACAAAUUAUUCCAUCACAACAAAGUAAUUCUAUUGCACAAGCUUAUUUAGAUCAUAGUGGACAUAGAUUAGGUGGACGUUAUAAAAGAGCUGAUGUAGCAUUACAAAGAAUGCAACAACAAGUUCAAAAAGCAGUUCAUGUAGCCAAAGAGAGACCAAAAUUAACUCAAUAUGCAAAAGAAGGAGCAUUAGGUAAAAUUUCAUUUGGAAGUGGGAAAAAACCAAGACAACAAUUAGAAAUUAUAAGUAAAGCAGCAGAAAGAGAGAAAAAUGAUAAUAAUAACAAAAAUGAUUUAAAAAAGCAAGAUAUUAAAAAAUAUAAUAAAAAAGAUAUUUCAAGAAUUUUAGAAAAUAUUAUAAUAGAAUUAAUGAAUGUUGAAAGUGAAUCAAGAACUUCAAAUUCAAUAGAUACUACAAGAUUAUGGGAAUCCAUGAAAGUAUUAGAUCAAUCAUCAAUUUCAGGAGAUGAAGAAUCUGAAGUAAAUCCAUUUAUUCAAUGUUUAAAUUAUAAUAAAAUGUUAAAAAUUUUAAUACGUCUUUUUAAAUUUUUAACAAGAGAACAAAUUUUAACAAUAUCAGCAUUAAUUAUGUCAAAUUUAGAAAAUUUAUUAGUUAUUAAAAAUGGUUCAUAUACAACUUAUGAAAAUAAACAAAUUAAUAAUCAAAUUAAUCAAUUAGUUGAAUCUUAUAGUUUAACAUUUUCAAAAUUAUUUAUGAAUUCAGUUGUUGAUUUUAAAUUUAAUGAAAUUAUUGGUUUAUUAGUUAUAUUAAUUGAACAUAAUAAUGUAUCAUUUAUAUCAACAACAAAAAUUGGUUUAACUAUAUUAACUACAUUAUUAUCAAGAGCUGAAUUAAUUAUUGGAGAAGGUUCAAUAUCAGCAACUGAUUUAUCUGAAUGGACAUCAACUUAUGAUGAAUUAUUUACUUCAUUAGAAUCAAGAAUUUCUGCAAUUUUCCCACCAAAUUCAAAUGAAAUAAAUGAUGGUUCAAUAAAAGAAAAUUAUAUUUGGCAAUUUUUAGCUACAUUAUCAUUAGGUGGUAAAUUAAAUCAUCAAAGAAUUAUAGUUGAUGAAGUUAGAGAUGAAAUAUUUGGAGUUAUGAAUAAAAUUAAAUUAAUUAAUGAAAAUUUAAAUAACAACGGCAAUAAUCAACAAGAGAAUUCUCAAUUAUUAUUUAAAAAACAAAAUUUAUUAAAUAAUUUAAAUAUGUUUUUGGUUGUAAUGGGAUUAGUUGCUGAUGAAAAUGAAAUUAAAGAACUUUAA